AUGACGCGACUUAACCUGCUCGUGACCCUCUCCACGGCCUGUGCCACGGUCUCCGCCCUGGUCCCGAGACAGGCCAGCCCGGGUAACAGCACCGGCACCGUCCCUACCGUGGACCUUAAGAACGGAUCUUACUAUGGCGUCUACAAUGGCCGCUACGAACAGGACUUCUUCCUCGGCAUACCAUACGCCCAACCCCCCGUCGAUAACCUCCGUUUGCGCGUCCCUCAACCCCUGAACUCAUCCUGGGAGGGCACCCGCAACGCUACGGAGUACUCCCCGCUUUGCUUCGGCUACGGCAGCGACACCUGGGUCCUGGGCAACCACGUCUCGGAGGACUGCCUCACCAUCAACGUCGUCCGCCCCCACGGCGUCGCCGCCGACGCGAAGCUCCCCGUCGCCGUAUGGAUCCACGGAGGCGGUUUCACCAACGGCGGCAGCGCGGACCCGAGGUACAACCUCUCCUUCGUCGUCGAGCAGGGCGUAAGGAUGGGCACCCCCUUCGUCGCGGCCAGCAUCAACUACCGCCUCCAUGCCUGGGGGUUUCUGUGGAGCGAAGAAGUCAAAGCCGAGGGCGCGGGUAACCUCGGGUUCCGCGACCAGCGCCUCGCCCUACACUGGGUCAAGGAGAACAUUGCCGCCUUCGGCGGCAACCCGGCGCACGUCACCCUCUGGAGCGAGAGCGCCGGCGCACGGAGCGUGGCUUCCCAAAUGCUGGCCUACGGGGGCCGAGACGACGGCCUCUACCGCGCCGCGAUCCUCGAGAGCGGCACGGGUCUGGGCACCGACUUUGGCGAGGUCGAAGCGCCCUCUGCCGCGACCGCCUGGCAGGACUACUACGACACCAUUGUGAACAAGACAAACUGCUCCGCGGCCGCCGACACCCUGGACUGCCUCCGCAGCGUGCCGACGUGGACCCUGAGCGACAUCCUCAACAGCACAACCUCGAACCCGACCUUCACCGGCGUCGUCGACGGCGACUUCCUCGAGGCAGCCCGCCACGAGCAAGUCAACGAGGGCAAGUUCACCCACGUGCCACUCCUCAUCGGCGCAAACUCGGACGAGGGCACCCAGUUUGGCGUAAAGGGCAUCAACACGACAGCACAGUGGAACUCGUACCUCCGCACCGGCGGCGCCGGCAACGUCACGAUCGAGGUGCUCUCGGCGCUGUACCCGGAUAUCCCGCGCCUCGGCACGCCGGCGACGCUCGAGGGCCGGCCGACGGGCGCGCAGGCGAACUUCGGUUCCAUGUGGAAGCGCGUCAACGUCUUCGCGGGCGACCGGGCGCAGCACGGCCCGCGGCGGUUCUUUGCGCGCAGCUGGGCUGGCGUUAAGGCGAACCAGAGCGUGUACGCGUACAACUUUAACGUGCUCGUCAACGGCUUGACGCCCGCCGAGGGGGUGAACCAUUUCCAAGAGGUGGCGUUUGUGUUUGACAACACGGGUGGUUUGGGCUACGAGACGGCGGUGGCGGUGAAUCCCUUUGAGGGCAAGCCCGAGACGUUCAAGGCGCUGGCGAAUAUCAUGUCGCGGAUGUGGGUGGGCUUCAUCACCAAGGGGGACCCGAAUGCGCAUGGCGGCGCGACCAACGUGACGUGGCCGAGGUACGAUGUCGAGAACCCCGAGAUUAUGGGCUUCGAUGUCAAUGUCACGUCGUUGGUUCACGUCCAGCCGGAUACGUACCGCACUGAGCAGAUUGAGUAUCUGAUUCAGAAGUUGUGGGCAUGA